AUGGAGAAACUUCUCAAUACUGAAUGGCCCGAUCAUGAUAUUAAAGCGAACGUUUUUGGCUCUUCUGUAAAUGAUCUUGGUGGUAUGCAGCAUAUAGUAUGUGUUCCCCGAGCUAAAGUACCAAUCGUUCGCCUAUUCGACCCCGAAUUACAACUUUCAUGCGAUAUCAAUGUCAAUAAUACUUUAGCACUUCAAAAUACCAAAAUGAUCAAAACGUAUGUUGCGCUUGAUCCGCGUGUUAGACCGUUGAUCAUGACAAUUAAGCAUUGGACUAAAAAAAGAUUACUAAACGACGCAGCAAAUGGCGGGACGUUGUCAUCUUACACAUGGACGUGUUUGGUCAUCAACUUUCUGCAGCAACGUCAACCACCAAUUCUUCCUGUCUUGCAUAUGAUUGAGAACGAGUGCAAAAGUGAGGAUUAUUUCUACGACAAUAUUGAGAAAUUGAAAGGAUUUGGAUCGAGUAAUCACGAAAGUUUAGGCGGAUUGCUAUUUGCUUUCUUUCGUCGUUAUGCUGUUGAGUUUAACUAUGACAAUCAGGUCGUUUCAGUACGUCAAGGGCGAUACAUGACGAAAAAAGAGAAAGGGUGGGACACUGGUAGAAAUAAAGUUAGUUUAUGUGUGGAGGAGCCCUUCAACAUUAGCAGAAAUCUCGGAAAUUCUGCCGAUAUUGCUUCAGUACAUGGAAUUCGAUGCGAGUUUCAAAGGUGCUUGGAUCAACUGUUAGCAGGGGAGAACUUAAAUACGAUCUGUACACCAUACCAUCCUCCUACAUUUUUGAGAAACAGUAGCAAAAACGAUACACACCCAUCCAAUGCAAACAUUAAUAAUGAUUUACUUUCUCUCACUCUACCUACCGGCUCUCAUAAUUCGGCAUUCCUCCUCCCAACAAAUGUUUGCAUCAAUCCUAUGUCACCGUAUACUACGUCGCAUCCAUAUGAUAGGCGAAGGAGCAUGGUAGAUGGCGUGUAUAACUACCGUCCUUCGUCACCCUCAUCAGAGUAUAACAAUUACUAUCCAUAUACACACCGUCUACUACCGUCUUUUAAACCUCAUCGACGAGUACCGCCCAUCUUCAAUCCCGGUUUUAGCUCACCACAAGCUAUUGACACUAUACUAAGAAUUCGAAAUACAAGGCAUGGAAGUCACCCUUUGUCUCCUGUGCCGCCAUCUCUAAUUACAAUGGUUAAUGCUGGGCCGGCUCACCUUCCUGAUCAAUCUGUAGAUAAAAUUUUUGCACGUUACCAAAAAAAACACCAAAAACCCUCACAUCAAACCUAUACUAAUUCAAAUGAGGUUUCACAGCCGAUGAAGAGAAACAAUAUGACAAACGAUAGACGAAAAGGCGAUAUAGCAGGAAAAGGUGGACCAACACCAACACACUGUCAUCAUGAUUUCAAAAACUCAAGGCGACGUUCCAAUGAUGAGAUCAACUGGCCAGCAAUAUCAGGCAGUAAUAGUAACCUAACCAAGAGCAUGACCUUCCCUGAAAGUCCAGAUAACGAUACGCAAGAUCAUUUAUUCGAAGCCACGACCAAUACUAACUUUGAUGCUAAUACUGAUGCAGUAGCUUUUCUACCACAGCUGCCGCAGUAUCAGCGAACCAGACGAUGGUCUACUGUAAAAAAGAUGCCAACACGACAACCGCCGAAUUCUUCUACUGUAAAUAUGAAUGAUAAUAAUAAAAACGAUAAACUGGUACAGGAACCGAAAAAACUCACAUUGGCGGAAAUUGUAAAGAGUAAUACACCAUCUACACCUGUCAAACCACGAGUGCAAUUACCAAGUUCACUUAAACCAAGUCCAAGUACAAGUACAUCAAGUAGUAAAAGUACGAAUAGCAGUAGUAGAAACCAUAGUAAAAAGUCAAGGAAUAACAAUAAUAACUCAAGCAACGGCAAUAGACAUAGAAAGAAAAAAUCAUAG